AUGGGAGGCUGUGUGGGGAGGAGUAGGACAGAUGGACAAGGGAGUGCCCGAAGCUCAACAAGAAGCAAAAAACGUGGAGGACGCAAUGAGCCUCUCAAGAAGGAGCGCCCAAAAUGGAAGAGUGAGUACCCAAUGACAGAGGGCCAGCUGAGGAGUAAGAGGGAUGAGUUUUGGGAUACGGCUCCAGCCUUUGACGGACGCAAGGAAAUCUGGGACGCGCUCAGAGCAGCAGCGCUGGCUGCAGAGUGCAAUGACCUGGAGCUAGCACAAGCCAUAGUGGACGGAGCCUGCAUCACUCUGCCACAUGGCUCUCUCACGGAGAGUUAUGAUGAAUUGGGCAACCGCUAUCAGCUCCCAGCGUACACUUUAGCUCCACCUGUCAACCUCAUCUCUGAAACAUCCAAUGAGAGCAAAGUUACUGAAUCCACACAAAAACAAGCUCAGCAUCUUCCGUGCAGACAGGAGUUCCAGCUGCGGGUGCGAUUGUCAACAGGAGAAGAUGUGCGUCUGACAGCGAGUAUGGCAGACUCCAUCGCUGAGCUAAAAAAGCAGUUGGAGGAACAAGAAGAAAUUGGUGUGUCCCGCCAGAGGUGGUUCUUUUCGGGCAAACUCCUGACUGACAAGACUCGUCUGCAAGACACCAAAAUCCAGAAAGACUUUGUUGUCCAAGUGAUCGUCAAUAUGAACCCUCCUAACUGAGCAGUGAGGAAGAGGAGAGGGGUAUGAAGUGACGAAAAGAUGAAGGUCGUGCCGGAGAGAGAUGCAGCAAUGCGAGUAGGGCUUGAAAUCAUUUCCAGUUG